AGUCAAGCAACCCCCCCUGCGGAGCCAGUCGACGCGCCAAACCCUCGAGACGAGAAACUCCCUCAUCAGCCCCGAAAGCCUGAGCAGCAGCAGCAGCAGCGGGAGCAGCAGCAGCAGCAGCAGCAGCAGCAGCAGCAGCAGCAGCAGCUGCGGGAGCAGCAGCAGCAGCAGCGGGAGCAGCAGCAGCAGCAGCGGGAGCAGCAGCAGCAGCAGCGGGAGCAGCAGCAGCAGCGGGACAGCAGCAGCAGCGGGACAGCAGCAGCAGCGGGACAGCAGCAGCAGCGGGAGCAGCAGCAGCAGCGGCACAGCAGCAGCAGCGGGAGCAGCAGCAGCAGCAGGACAGCAGCAGCAGCGGGACAGCAGCAGCAGCGGGAGCAGCAAAGGGGAUAG